GCGUUGCGUGUGUCCUUAUCCACACGUCGCGUAUAUCGCGUUACCACCAGCCAUGGUCUCCGUGGGUGCGUGGAGGCGCCGCUCGCCUGAUGAUUGCGAGGAACGCUCUGAACCCGGCACAUCCAGUUCCGGAGUUCCCCGUGCGCCGCCAAAUUGUGCCAGGUGCCGGAACCAUCGGCUUAAGAUCGAGCUGAAGGGUCACAAACGUUACUGCAAAUAUCGCUACUGCAAUUGUGAGAAAUGCCGUCUGACGGCCGAUAGACAGCGCGUUAUGGCGCUCCAAACGGCUUUGCGACGUGCUCAGGCGCAGGACGAAGCUAGAGCGCGGGCUAUAGAGACCGGCGGUCCACCCCCCGGGCUGGAAUUGGAUAGACCGGAGCCGCCGAUAGUGAAAGCUCCGAGGAGCCCAGUGGUUCCCGCCCCGCGGUCUAUAGGCUCGAGUAGUUCAGUGGGUUCGGUGCCGGGUUCCCCGGGAGUGUCGCCGCACGUGCACGCGCCUGUUCCACAAGUUCCUCCGCAGCCAACUAUGCCACCGCUUCUCCCGCCGCAGCAGCCCGCGUUGUCAUUAGAACCACUGGUGGAGAACUGUCAUAAGCUGUUAGACAUAUUCCAUUAUUCGUGGGAAAUGAUGCCCCUUGUGCUGGUCAUACUGAACUACGCGGGAAAUGACCUCGAGGAAGCUUCGCGGAAAAUUGAUGAAGCAAACUGGGUGGUCCGGCAGUGGCAGCUGUAUGAACGGUCCCUCUGUUCACUGCUGGAGCUACAAGCACGCAAGCGGCCAAGCGUGUGCCGGCUACCACGGUGCGUGAUCACCCCGGAGUACGCGCCCCACUGGUUGCCGUUACCGCUGACUGCGAGGCAUUCCCCGCCGCCUGCGCACUUGUAGCAUAACGACACGGCACCGCGACUGGUGGUGCUAGACCCUACCGAGCCUUCCUCGGCUGCCUCGGAGGUCAUCGGUGACUAAGCGGCGACUGUGAUGCGACUGCGACUCGCUACUGGGCCAUCCCAGUAACAUACCAUAGCGUUAGAUCUGUAUAAACUUGUAUAUAACAUGUGUCAGUGACACAAAAUGUACCUUAUUUUAAUUUAAUUUUAAUUGCUUGACGCAAACUGGAAAACUAAAUAAAUUGAAGGUAGCUUAAUAACUAUGCUCAAAUAGAUAGAUUUUUAUUGAUUGCUUCACUGAAAGUUCGUUUUCCUAUAAAUUCAGUGAAGAAAUUCAACAUCACAUCGAACAUCACAAAAGCUAUCAAUACCAUAUUCCAAAUUUGAAUUUGGAAUUUCACUGAAAAGGUUUCAUUGGAGUAGAUACUUGUAAUACGACGAUUACAAUAAAACCGAGCCGCCCUAGGGUUGAGGGUGACGCAGGCGGGCGGGGCGAUCGGGGCGCCGCCCAGGACAUUGCGAGGCCUACUUGAAACUAUUGUGAUUGGAACUUGAAUUGCUAAGCCAUUAACCUAUGAAUUUUGGGCUGUACAUGUCAUACCUACGAAAAGGUUUUGCUAAAUUUGUACUUAAGUUAUUAUUGAGGCCAUCAUUGACCAUUACAGCUUAUAAUUUCUUCAUUUUUAUUUAAAAUAUUAAAGUUUAUUUAUACAUAAAACCUUCGUGGGGUUAUUUAAUAGAGAUCUGUUAUCUAUGACUACCAUAGAACUGCAAUAGCUCUGCAGAAAAUAUGUCAAGAAAAAUAACUACAAUUCAUAACAGAUAACAGACGUCGUCGUUGUGAAAAUUAAAAAAAAGCUUUAGUAUUUACUACGUAAGUAAGUAUAUACUUAGUUACAUUAAAUAAACAGUUUAACAUAAAGAAGCCUUUUUGAUGAACCCCAUCUGCGCGACUCUCAUAUUAUUCCAAGCAAUUUUUUUCAAUUUAGGCGGUAUUUAUCUGUGAUUUAAUUUUAAUUGGAUUUAAAUGUACUGCUUAUACCGUGUACAAUGUUGAUCAAAAUUUAGAAUUGACGAAAAAUUUAAAAUUUAUUAAUUAAUCACGCAAGUGUGUACACUUGUAAAAUGUACACAUUGACAAUGUUUUGUCUAUUGUCUAUUUUGUAUGGUCGACAAGUUAAUACAUAGAGGCUUAAAAAGGACAUUUAAAAUACUUUAAGUAUUUUAUUUAGUAUAUUAUUUAGUAACCACACGUUGUUUAAAGUUAUUUUCCCUUUACAGGAGUUAUUUUUUUCAAUGACGUGAACAAUGUAUGAGAAAAGUAACUCUGAUUUCGCCCGAUUUCUGAUCAUACAAAAAAUAGUUAAGGUUUAGCGUUAAACAUAUUUUUAAUUAACAUUUAUCACGUCAAUUUAUUCCAUCCGUGAUCUAAAUUCUCCGUCAUAAACUCCGUCAUAUUGGAAGAUCUCAAAUCGUCUUUUCAAAAUUUUACAAUGUUGCUAGUCAAUAAAUAUCACAUGGCCAGUGUUAAAAAUUAUUUUUAUAGUGUGUCUAACAAAUCAUAACACCUUAUAGUUGCGAUGAAUUCAAAUUAAGAAUCUUCUUACUCUUUGGUCGCGUAAAUGUGCGUGAAUUUUUACAAAAGUUUUUAUAUAUUUACUAAUCAGGAUUGCUGUUGAGUUAAGAAUGUAAUAUUUAUAUUUAUAUCGGUUACUUUGUAUAUUAAAGUUGUUACGUGUUGUACAGCAAUCUUUAACAAACAAAAACGUAUACUUUAACUUGAAUUUACUUUUAAAACCCCUUUUAGAAUCUGAAUAAACAGUACUUCGUCCGAUGUCAAUUC